AUGCCUGCUGAGAUUCCUGGACCGCCCGGUGUGCCCCUGCUGGGUAACAUCUUUGACGUCAACCCCAACGAGACGUGGAAUUCGCUGAACAAGCUAGCGAAGCAAUAUGGCCCCAUCUUCAAGAUCAACGCUCUCGGCCAUCAGAUCGUCUUCAUUGGCAGCGUCGCCCUUCUCGAGGAAAUCUGCGAUGAAACACGGUUCCGUAAAUGUGUGACUGGUCCCGUGGUGGAAAUCCGCUAUUCUGUGCACGACAGUCUCUUCACUGCCUACCACAGUGAGAUGAAGCCCUGGGGCAUUGCCCACCGCAUCAUGUACCCCCACGUCACCCAGGAGGCGACGGACGCUGUCUUUGAUGACAUGGCCGCAGUCAUUCCGGAUUUGAUCAAGAAAUGGACGUCCGGAACGAAGCAACGCACCCUAGCCGCGGAUGACCUUGAUCGCAUUUUGCUAGCCUCCUGCAUGAAGUGCUUCUUCAACCAGCGGGUGAAUGUCCUCGGAAAGGACGCGGAAUCCGUCAAGGCGAAGAAGAUGGUUGAUGCGUGGGAGGGUGCUACGAUGGAGGCGAUGAAGCGGCCCACGCGCCCAAAGCUUCUCAACCUCUUAUACCAGGGCCGCUUCUCAGCCCUCACAAAAACCAUGCGCUCAUAUGCCACGGAUAUUAAGAACAGCCGCCUAAAUAAUCCCGACCAGGCUCGCAAGGAUAUGCUGGACGCCAUUCUCAACGGUGUGGACCCGGAAACUGGGGAGAAGCUCACGGACUCGCAGCAUCUCGAUGAGAUCGUCACCAUCUUCAUCGGCGCCGCCACCGCUGCGAAUCUCGUUUCUUUUGCCUUGUACUACCUGAUGGAGAACCCGGAGCCCCUCAAGAAGGCACAGGAGGAGAUCGAUUCUGUCGUGGGCGACGGCCCCAUCGAACUCGCCCACCUAAAGCAACUCAACUACAUCGAGGCCUGUCUCCGCGAAGCAAUUCGUCUCUCGGCCACCGCACCUGGCUUCAACAUCGAGCCCAUUCCUCCCAAAGAAAAGAGCGACAAGUCCCCCGUCCUCCUAGCCGGCGGCGAGUACCAAAUCGCGAACAACCAGCCCAUGAUCGCAAUUCUGAAUUCCGUCAACCGCGACCCAACCGUCUUCGAGUUCCCUGAGGAGUUCAAGCCCGAGCAAGUCCUCGGCGAGAAGUGGGAUAAGCUGCCAGCGGCCGCGAAGAAGGGCUUCGGCAAUGGUAAGCGCGAGUGCAUUGGUAGGAUCUGGGCGUGGCAGUGGUCGUUCUUCACGCUUGCGAGCAUCAUCAAAGAUGUCUCGUUUGAGUUGGAGGAUAAGAACUACAAGUUGCAUUCCAAUGGCGCGUUUAGCGUUAAGCCGCUGGAUAUGUGGACUUUGACGAGCCCACGCAAGUGA